GGGAAGUCACUCAAGGGCCAAGGCUCCUGCCAUUGCAGUUUAUUUUUGAGCUGAGGGUCGUGCUCAAAAUUACCGUGAAAUAUGACUACUUUGAGGCCUUUCCGCUGUGAGGAUAUGUUUCAUUUCAACAAUGUUAAUUUGGAUCCGCUGACAGAGACCUACGGGCUUUCAUUUUACCUACAGUAUCUCGCCCAUUGGCCUGAGUAUUUUCAGGUAGCCGAGUCACCGAGCGGCGUCAUUAUGGGGUAUAUUAUGGGUAAAGCUGAAGGCCAUGGUGAAAACUGGCAUGGGCAUGUAACUGCAUUGACUGUUGCUCCUGAAUAUCGUCGACUUGGUCUGGCUAAACAGUUGAUGGCCAUCUUAGAAGAUAUUUCAGAAAAGAAACGUUGCUUCUUUGUUGAUCUUUUUGUUCGUGUAAGCAAUCUUGUAGCUAUUACAAUGUACAAGAAACUGGGGUAUAUUGUGUAUCGCGUUGUUCUUCAGUAUUAUUCAGGAGAUCCGGAUGAAGAUGCGUAUGAUAUGAGGAAAGCAUUAUCUAGGGACAUCCAUCAGAAAUCGGUCAUACCCUUAACGCAUCCAGUACGGCCAGAGGAUAUAGAAUAGCAAUAGUUCAUGCCUUUUGUAGGUUACAAAAAAUAUUUUUAAUAAAGAAAAAAAUACUAGUACUAUAUUAAAUUUGAUAUGUUGCUUACUUCAGAUAUAUGUACAUGAAUGUACACAAUACUUUGCUAUAAUUUCAACAUAUAGUGUGGG